AGAAUUGUUGGGUUGGGGCUAAGUCAGGAAACUGUUGACAUAAGCCUUAGCCAGCCACAUCAGUUGCAUGCAUGUUAAAGUUGUCAUUUUGUUGGAUUGGAUUGCAUGAGUCAGGACUGAGGACACCAUUUCUGGUUGAGAUGUUUUCCUCGUGAUUCCUAAUCACUACAGUUCCAAGUUGUGUGUAACUCUGUACAGUGUACACACACUGACUAGUCUAAAGAAUACAAUUUGAAAUUGGCAAUUGGCAUGGUGGUGGGUUAGGUAGGUAAGGUCAUUUUUUUGGAUUUUUCUUCCAUAGUUUCGUGGGUUCUUCUUGGCCUUACAUGAUAUAUAAAGGUUCCAUUUUCAAUCAUUCAACAAGUUUUCUGAAUAUAAUUAAGCUGUCUCUCUCGGAUUGCAACUCAACUUUUUCUUUUUCUUAAACUCUGCAGUGCCACAAUUUAAGGAAUAAGGGGAUUUCUUUCUUUCGGCUUAGUUUGUUGGAGAGGGAGCUUCGCUUGCAUAUAUCUCUCUUUACAUUUUCUUCAGCAAAAAUGGUGACUAAAACGGUGGAUCUCCGAUCCGACACGGUCACUAAACCAACCGAAACAAUGCGGGCUGCAAUGGCAGCUGCUGAAGUUGAUGAUGAUGUACUGGGAAAUGACCCGACCGCAUUCCGCUUAGAAUCAGAGAUGGCAAAGAUCACGGGCAAGGAAGCAGCGCUUUUUGUUCCAUCAGGGACAAUGGGAAACCUCAUCAGUGUGCUUGUUCAUUGUGACAUUAGAGGAAGUGAAGUAAUUCUUGGACAUAAUUCCCACAUUCAUAUUUAUGAGAAUGGAGGCAUCUCAACACUUGGAGGUGUGCACCCCAGAACAGUCAGAAACAACAAAGAUGGAACAAUGGAUCUUGAUUCAAUUGAAGCCGCCAUCAGGGACCCGAGAGGGGAGCUUGUGUAUCCGACGACAAGGCUUAUCUGCUUGGAAAAUUCACAUGCAAACUGCGGUGGUAGAUGCCUGACUGCAGAGUACACAGACCGAGUGGGAGAAAUAGCUAAGGAGCAUGGUUUGAAGCUUCACAUUGAUGGGGCUCGCAUUUUCAAUGCAUCAGUUGCACUUGGUGUUCCUGUUGAUAGGCUUGUGCAAGCUGCUGAUUCAGUUUCGGUAUGUCUGUCAAAAGGUAUUGGUGCUCCUGUUGGAUCUGUCAUUGUUGGUUCCAAAAGCUUUAUUACUAAGGCUAGAAGGCUCAGGAAAACCUUAGGAGGUGGAAUGAGACAGGUUGGUAUCCUCUGUGCUGCUGCUUUGGUCGCUUUACAUGAGAAUGUUGCAAAGCUUGAGACCGAUCACAAGAGAGCUAAAAUUUUAGCAGAGGGACUAAAUCAAAUCAAUGGACUAAGAGUAGAUAUUGAUACCGUUGAGACCAACAUUGUAUAUAUUCAUGUUGUAGAGGGGUCAAAUAUUAGUGCAGAAAAACUACUCAAGAACUUGGAAGAACACGGUAUACUCAUGAUGCAAGAGAGCUCGUCAAGCAUUAGGAUUGUUCUCCACCACCAAAUUUCAGCAAGUGAUGUGCAAUACACUUUAUCAUGCUUUCAGCGAGCUCUAACUGGAGGCCAUGAUGAAAAUAAUGGGAACUAAUGGAUAUGGGACAACAACACAAGCUCUCCACCCUUUAUGUUUCUUUUCUGUGUGUCUCCAACAUGAGAUUUCCAUCUACUUCUUUGAACAUGCUAUAAUUCAAUCUUUGCCAAACUUGGAAACUUCUCUGUGCUAGUUUCAUUUGUAAGGUUUUAUGGUGGCAGAAUUUAUGUAUUUUCUUUUCUUUUUUCA